CUUUUUCUCUCUCAAGUCCCUUAAUAAAAACCUUCUUUCUUCCUUCUCUCUCUCUCUCUACCUGCAGAAGAAGCUCAGAUAUACAGAAACUGACUACAAAGAACAAAGCUGAGAGGGAAAAAGUUGUUCUUUUCUUCUGCCAGUCACAACCCCAACAAGACUUUGCUGUUUGUUUUGCAUAGGCUAUUAAAUCAUACCCUGGAACACAAUACAAAAAAGGUUGAACCACCAAUAAUCUCAAAAAGCAGCCAACUCUCUCUCUCUCUCCCAUGGAUUUGCAACUGAAACAAUGGAGGAGCCAGCAGCAGCAGCAGACAGAGCCAGACGAACAGCCUUCUGCAGCAAAGAUACCUAAACAUGUUUUUGAUCAGUUUCAGUCACACAGUGCAGCUUCUACUGCUCUUCCACUCUUUACCCCUGAUCCUACACCUUCCAAACUCUCCUCUCUGUCGUCUGAUUCUUCUGCCAGGUUCCCCAAGAUGGGGAGCUUCUUUAGCUGGGCACAGUGGCAAGAGCUUGAACUACAAGCACUGAUCUACAGGUACAUGUUGGCUGGAGCUGCAGUUCCACAAGAGCUCCUUUUGCCCAUCAAGAAAAGUCUUCUCCAUCUAUCCCCUUCCUACUUCCUUCACCAACACCUCCCUCAUUACCAGCCUGCUUGGUAUUUGGGGAGGGGGGCUAUGGAUCCUGAGCCAGGGAGAUGCAGGAGAACGGAUGGCAAGAAGUGGAGAUGCUCCAGGGACGUCUUCGCUGGCCACAAGUAUUGCGAGCGCCACAUGCACCGUGGCCGCAACCGUUCAAGAAAGCCUGUGGAAACUCCAACCGUCAAUGCCACCACCACCACCACUACCAUGGCUGCUGCUGCUGCAGCCGCACCCGCCGCAACAACAACUUCGUUUGCUUUUGGCGGUGGUGAGGAAGUGGGUCAAGGAGGAUCUCCUUGUUUCUUCUUCUCUGGCUCUUCCAACUCUUCAUCUGAACUUCUCAACCUUAGUCAAAGUUGUUCAGAGAUGAAGCAAGAAAGCAACAACAAGAGGCCGUAUGAGUCCCAUGGAUUCGGCAACAACAACACAUCAGACGGAGGCCACACUUUAAGGCACUUCUUUGACGACUGGCCUCGUUCCGAAGCCGACAACAGUUCAACCCCUAUGACCUCGGCUACUUGUCUCUCCAUCUCCAUGCCCGGAAACUCUUCCUCAGACGUCUCUCUGAAGCUGUCCACUGGCAACGAAGAGGAAGAAGCUAGGACCAAUAAUAAUAAUAACAAUGGGAGGGACCAGCAAAACAUGAGCAGCUGGUGGAGCGGUGGUGGAGGAGGGUCCCAUCUCAACAACAACCACCAAAUGGGUGGACCGUUGGCAGAAGCCCUGAGAUCUUCCUCCUCGACUUCUCCAACCAGUGUUCUCCAUCAGCUCGGUGUUACGACACAAGCCUUUCAUUAAACAAUGUAACAACCAACAACACAACUUUGCAGAUUUUUUUUUUUACUGUUUUGUUUUGGGUUCUUCUUAUCCCUUUUUCUUUUAAGCUGUCCACUGUAUCUGUAACAGUUACUCUACAGAUUUGUCUCUAAAAAAUUGUCAGUUUAUUUGCAAUGACUGAACAAAGAGUUAUCGUUUC